CACUCAUGUGGCCUUCCCUCUCGUUUCCAAAUCAAAUCCAACGUGCUUUAAUCUCCCCACUUAUAUAAAUAUCCCUCCUUCCACAACACAACAACUGAGUCUCUGAGUCUGAGUCCUCAACUUCUUGCACACAAAUUCCAUGGCUCUUGUUCAGAAACGCCGCCAGCUCAGCCUCCACCUCCCACGCUGCCCCCUCCCUCUGCCACCGACAACCACCACAACGGCUACAACCACCAUCUCCCCCGACCUCGAAAAGCUCCAGGUCCUGGGCCACGGCAACGGCGGCACCGUCUACAAAGUCCACAACAACAAAACCUCCAAAACCUACGCGCUCAAACACAUCCACGCCAACACCGACUCCACCACGCGCCGCCAGAUCCUCCGCGAAGUCGACAUCCUCCGCCGCAUCGACUCCCCCUACGUCAUCAACUGCCACAACAUCACCGAACGCCAAGACGGCGACAUCCAAAUCCUCAUGGAGUUCAUGGACGCCGGCAAUCUCGACACGCUCCUCAAAAAAACCGGCACCUUCUCCGAACCGGUCUUAUCCAACGUCGCCUUUCAAGUCCUCAACGGCCUCAACUACAUCCACACAAACAAAAUCAUCCACCGCGACAUCAAGCCAGCAAAUUUACUCGUAAACUCAAAAUUCGAGAUCAAAAUCUCCGAUUUCGGGGUGAGCAAACUCAUGUGCCGAACCCUCGACCCAUGCAACUCAUAUGUAGGUACUUGCGCGUACAUGAGCCCGGAGCGGUUCGAUCCCGAGACCUACGGGCGUGAUUACAACGGAUACGCGGCUGAUAUUUGGAGUUUAGGCUUGACAUUGCUGGAAUUAUAUUUGGGGCAUUUUCCGCUGUUGUCGCCGGGGCAGAGGCCUGAUUGGGCGACGCUUAUGUGCGCUAUUUGCUUCGGGGAGUCUCCGAGUCUGCCGGAGAGUGUGUCGGGGGAGUUUAGGAGUUUUAUUGAGUGUUGUUUGCAGAAGGAGAGUAGUAAGAGGUGGACGGCUGAGGAGCUGUUGUCUCAUCCGUUUGUGAUGCAGAGUAGUCAGAAAUUGUGAGAGGUCCUUCGGGGAAUUUGUAAAUAUUGUUGGUUUAUUGACUGUUUGUUGUUUUAGAUUUGGGCAAUUGUAAGUUGAGGAACUUGACUAUAACCAGGAUCAUUUUAUGAAUUUUCUUUCAAUUGCAA